UUUCACUAAAGCAAGAAGACGACUUUUCUAAACUCCAUUUCUUUCCUUUUCUCUUCUCUUCUCUGCAUCUAGACUCUAGAGUGGGAAAGGAAAAAAAUGGGUCUUUCAAACUUCAUUUACACACUUCUAAUAACAUUUUCAGUAGCACUUAUAACAUACAAUGUUAUAAUAUCAGCAAAUGUUCCACUUAGACUAGAUUUUCCAGGACCUGGAAAUGAUUUAUCUUCAAUUGAUCCUAUAAUCAAAAUGCCUAUGAAUAGAGCAGUACCCAGAUCACAAAGAAGGCUUUUUCAUACAGCUGUUACAGCUUCUGAUUCCGUUUAUAAUACAUGGCAAGUUAGAAUUAUGUAUUACUGGUUUAAGAAGCAUCAGAAUGGACCUAAUUCUGAUAUGGGUGGGUUUACUAGGAUUUUACAUAAUGGGAAACCUGAUAAGUAUAUGGAUGAGAUGCCUACUUUUGUUGCUCAACCCUUGCCCGCUGGAAUGGAUCAGGGUUAUAUUGUCCUCAACAGACCAUGGGCAUUCGUACAGUGGCUUCAACAAGCAAAUAUUAAAGAAGAUUACAUAUUGAUGUCGGAACCAGACCACGUUAUCGUCAGGCCCAUACCAAAUCUGGCCAAAGGUGGACUAGGAGCUGCAUUCCCUUUCUUUUACAUUGAACCCAAGAAGUACGAAUCCACACUCCGUAAGUUCUAUCUUGAGGAAGAGGGACCUAUCACCAAUAUUGACCCAAUAGGGAAUUCUCCAGUCAUUGUUGGGAAGGAAGCUCUUAAGAAGAUAGCUCCCACGUGGAUGAAUGUUUCACUGGCUAUGAAGAAGGAUCCUGAGGCUGAUAAAGCUUUUGGUUGGGUUCUUGAAAUGUAUGCUUAUGCUGUUGCAUCUGCUCAUCAUGGUGUGGCGAACAUCUUGCGCAAGGACUUCAUGCUACAGCCUCCAUGGGAUCUGGAAAUCGGCGAAAAGUUCAUAAUUCAUUAUACUUACGGAUGUGAUUAUGACAUGCAGGGUAAGUCAACAUAUGGGAAGAUUGGAGAGUGGAGGUUUGACAAGCGAUCAUUUACCGACACUGUACCUCCAAGAAACCUUACAAUGCCUCCACCUGGUGUACCAGAAAGUGUGGUAACUCUUGUGAAGAUGGUGAACGAGGCAACGGCCAACCUUCCUAACUGGGGUUCAUGAGGAAGAGCCAUUUUUGUAGAUGCUGAAUAAGGAUAUCAUUACCAUCAAUUUUCGCUCCUUUGUACCUCCGCACUGAUGUAUUUUCAUAUGUAUUUAUCCAUUUUGAUUCUUAUUAGUUAACAGAAUAAUAGAUGCUGUUUUCUUCAGGAUUUGUCUUAUCUUUUGAAAAGAGAAAAUGAAGGUAUAAGGAUUUUUUGGUACUUUUUAUUAAGGUUUGUGGAUCUA